CGCGAAUGAACUACAUUCAAAUUCUGUCCCUCUGGAGAGCGAGAAUAUCGACACUUGUGGAUUUUGGGUAGAGUUGACUUUUUCGCCCCCAUUUCCACCCUCCUGUCAUUUCUCGUCACUCCUUACACCGCUUGCAUGCGCAGGGACUCUAGUCAGUCGGCCCUCUUUCAGAGCGAAAAGAAGUCUGACGCGGCUGCGCACACACCUGUGCCCAUCGAUCGCCCCUAGCGCUGGCAGUGCCAGCUCGACGCGAUGGUCCCUGUGUUCUCCAUUUACUUCGUGCUGCUGUUCCACGCGGCGAAUAACUUGGCCGCCGGCGACAGCUCGCUGGACGACACACUGCUCGCCGAGGUUUGUACUUUGACGCUGUGCGCGUUUCUGUCGAUCAUUUUUUUUCAGAGUACACAACGCAUCGUCGGGUGUUUUGGACUUUGCAACCGACACAAAACGCUCCGCCCCGCUCCCUGCUUGUAGGAACUCGAAAGUCAUCCCCGUCGCCCGACCGCUACCGUCGUGUCGAGUCUGUCGCAGUUUGUCGUCGAGUUUCUGCGGGAGUUUCUCGCUCCGGACGACGCCGCCGGGAGCACGCUGCAGCUGUGCAUGGAGGACGACGAGGCCUCCAAGUCUGCGUCGCAGCCUCGGAUCGUCGCCGCGAGCCAUGGCGCCCCCUCUCCUGAUGAUAGCCUACCUCUGCUUCGUGGCCCACGUGCCGCUCCCCCUCCGCCUCCUGGUGUGCCUGCCCGUGCAGCUGCUUCCCCUGGCCAUCCUGGGCUUCCUGCUGCCGGCCAUCAUAAAGACCCUCCUCGACCUCCUGUUGCACAUUCGAAACACUUUCCCAGCCUGAAUAACAAGUUAUUGGAUGCGACCGCGAGUCUUCCGUCCGCACUCCUGGCCCUGCUACACCAGAGGUCGCACUCGGCGCUGAUGUUGGCGUGCCCGCCGCCGGUCAGCGAGAACGGCACGCGAGAGCGCGACCGGUCAGUCGGCUCCGCCAGCAUCACCUUUGUCCUGGUCGGCUCGCGCCACUUCGUCAAGCACCAGAUUAACCGCGUCGAAUUCCAGCCCCUCUCCCGUCUGUUCGCCCUGCUGGUCGGAGUGCCGGGCUUCGCCGUGCAAAAGGACGCGACGAAGACGCUCCUCCAGCUCUGGUCGCGGUCCUGGGCGAGGGCCGUCGUGGCGGUGGCGCUCCCCGACCAGACAAGUGUGUCUCUUUUCACUGCUUCUCCCACACAGGCGGGCAACAGCUCGGUGUGGUGCGGCUAUCAGGCUGAUAAAAGCCUGAGCACACUAUACGAGAGUUACAUUUCUCUAAACGAUUUGUUUGGAGGUUUGCGAAAACUGAGGGCAGAAGGAAUGAUUUCCCCCGUAUUCAAUCACGAAUUUCAUACCGAUGAUCUGCGAGGCUGCUUCAUCCGGGCCAACCUGUACGUCGGUACGUCAGAAACGCGAUGCGGGGGCGACGGAGAACCUCUUGAAACUCGAGUGCUACGGUCCAUAUUCGAGGCGACGGCGCAGUCGUACAACUUCCACCCCGAUGUGCUGCGCGAGGGCGUGGCGCGGGACGUGUUCCCCGGCAGGAGCACGCACUCCGUGGGGCUGGCACUCGUGCAGCAGGGCGGCUCGGACGUGGGGCUCGCGCCGUACCUGCUCACCGCCCGGCGGAUGCGGCUGCUGCGGGCCACGCUGCCCUUCCUGCAUGUGAACGCCGAGCUGCAUGUGCGCUGCCAGCCCGAGGACGGCGGGCGCGGCCACCUCUCGGCCGUCACGCUCAGGCUCUGGCGGUCCGGGCUGCUGGUGUCCUUGGGCUUGGCGGCGGCCGUCACCAUCGUGACACACGCCGCUCUCGUCAUUGAAGGCGGACGUCGUGGGUGGUUCAGCGAAGUGCUCGUUGAGUCGGCCCUUGACACGUGGGCCAUGCUGUGCGAAGUAUCUAAGCCGUCCGUAACGCGCAGGCCGUCAUCGAUCGCGCCUUCUGAACGUUGGGUUCACGGACCAGCGAAGGAUACUCCUCCAAGGCGACCGAGAGUCGUCAGUCACUCGGCCCCCGCGGCCUUCCGCUCGGGGCAGCCGGUGUCCCACAAUCCUGUCCGCACUCCUCGCCAAAGCAAAAGCGCCGAACUUGUCGAAAGAGCCAACACAAAAAAAGUGUGGGCGUGGCUGCGGACCGAGGAAGUAGUGCUCGGGGGAGGGCUGAUGUUGAGCGAGCCGGCAGAGAAAGCCACUCUGAACGUGAGAGACGGGCCCCAGCGGCGAUCAGCGGGAAACUCGAAUGAGCAGCAGUGUGAGGGAGGAAGCGCCGGGGUCGGCCAAGGGCGGCACCGGGGCACCCGAAACACCGUGCGCUGGGUGUCGGGGGCCUGGCUCAUCCUCGUCCUGAACGUGAACGUGGUCAUCAAAGCCCUACUCUCGGCGGAGAAUGCCACCCCGAAGCCGCCUCCGAGAGUCUCCUCGGUCAAGGAUAUGCUCGAGGGCGACCCCCGGCUCGUCAUUGGGUUACCCUCCCCGAUUUACGCGGAGUUUCUCCGAUCUCGCCUGCGACUCCCCGACCACCGCUUAGUGGUGUGCGCGGACGACGACCAGACGCUAGCUGUUCAAUGCGAGGAGCGGUUCGACACGGACGAACACUUCGCAGUCGUGAAAGAGACUGUGCUCCCAACGGGAAUUAAAUGCCUGCUGAGCUGCCACUACGCGCUGGACAUCGGCAUGCGCCAGGUGCCGCAGGUGCUGUACGUGCGCCGGACGGCGGGGUCGCUGGCCGCCGCCCUGGACAGCACCAUCCUGCGCCUGCACGCGGCGGGCGCCAUCAACCUGUGGCUGCGGCGAGACGAGGCGCUGCGCGCGCUGCGGGCCGGGCGCCGCGCGCCCGCCGGCAAGGACCGCAGCCAGGCCGCGCGCCUGGGCGUGUUUGACGCCUUCCUGUGCCUGGGCUGGGGGCUGGGCGCUGCGAGCGUCGCCUUCCUCCUCGAGCUGCGCUGGCGCAGCUGGCGACAGCUCCUCUGAGCCGUCGAACUUUUCUUUGAUUGUUUUGUACUCGCUGUAAUACAGCCCUUACAUAGAAAAUCACUAUCGGUCAAUAAUACCCGGCCGUCAUAUGGACACUCACCCCCAAAGA